AUGGUCAUCUUUGGAAAAAAGCGAUCUGAGAAGGAUCGCGCACCGAAGCAUGCCGCGUCGGGCGAUGUCAGUGCGGACACGACAGAUCCGCAUCAGAUCCAAGCUACUACGAUGCCCCUAGGUAUGCGGCCACCAACGCGGCCCGGUGGCUUUGUUACGCGCAUGGUAUCCAACUCACGCAGCCACGAACCUCAUGAGGAAGACGUGUCCUCUUCCCACAUCGCGAGCGAUGCGGCCCCACGGCCCAUGGUGCCGCCACCUGCCGCGCCUUCUGCCGCGCCGCCUCCCACGCAGCCGCCGCCGCGCUUGCCUGCAUCGUCGCCACCUGGCGCACCGGAUGGCAGCGGCGUGAUGCUGCGUCCAUCGACAGAGGAGCCACGCCCGCCCAUCGACGCGCCCAGCGGCUCGCUGCCGGUGCCGAUGCGAGCGCCGCCAGCGGCGCCCACGCCGUCGACACCGGAGCGCGCGCGCCAGCCGAAUGUGGUGUAUCCAUGGGGCAAAAAGUAUGUGACCAUGAACCCACCCCGGUUCCUCGAUGAAUCGCGGCGCCCGCCGCCGGGCGUACUGAGUCCGCCGCCGUUCCCGCGCUACGGCCACGCGACGAACCAGGCGACGGGCGCGAAUCAGGAAGUGUACAUCUUUGGUGGUCUCGUGCGGGACAGUGUGAAGAACGAUAUGUAUAUUAUGCGUGUGGAACCUGUGCAAAUCCAGCGCUCGAGCGGCAUCAAGAUGGACAUUGCGCUGCAAGCCACGCUCAUCCAGACCUCGGGCCACGCACCGCUCCCACGCGUGGGCCAUGCAGCUGUACUUGUAUCGAACGUAUUUAUUUUGUGGGGUGGCGAUACCAAGAUCCAUGCCGAGGACCGGCAGGACGACGCGUUGUACCUGCUGAAUCUCAACAACCGCGAAUGGACGCGCGUGGCGGCGCCGGGUGUGCAGGGCACGCCAGGGCCGGUGGGCCGCUACGGCCACACGCUGUCGAUGAUGGGCUCGAACCUCGUGGUGUUUGGUGGCCAGCUGGACGACCAGUACUUCAACGAGCUGUGGCGCUUUGACCUCAAUACGCUCAAAGACACACCCGUGUGGGAGCUCGUGCAGCCACCGACGGGCGGUCCGCCGCGACGCGCGGGGCACUCGGCGGUCGUGUACAAGGACCGGCUGUACAUCUUUGGCGGCACGGACGGCCAGUUCCACUACAAUGACACGUGGUGCUGGGACUUUGCCACGAUGACGUGGUCCGAGCUCAAGUGUGUCGGCUACAUUCCCAUGCCGCGGGAGGGCCACUCGGCAUGUAUGAUCGACGACAUUAUGUACAUCUUUGGUGGUCGUGGGGCCGACGGCAAGGAUCUCGGCGACCUCGCGAGCUUCAAGAUCUCCAGUCACCGCUGGUUCAUGUUUGCCCAUAUGGGCCCCGCGCCCUUUGGCCGCUCUGGCCAUACUAUGGUCAGUGUACAGAACCGCAUUCUCGUCGUCGGUGGUGAGGCAUUCUCAGGCGACGCACAGGACGAGCCGACAGGCCUACACGUGCUGGACACGUCGAAAAUCAAGUACCCUGUCAAGACAGAGCGAUCCGGCAGCAGCGCGCCCAAGCCCAGUGACGAGCAUGGCGCGCCCCCUGCGACGCCCGGCUCCACCGUGGUGCCUGCGCCGCCGACGCCGUCGACGCCUGGUCAGGCUCCGCUCGCCGAACGAUCGGGGCCGGUGUCCGAGCCCGUGCCUGUGCCGGAGCCGUUGCCGCCCACGGCGCCCAUGACGCAAGGCACGCCGCUCUCGGCCUCGUCGCAGUACUCGCCACCCGCUACAGCGCCAUCCGUUGCGCCUGUGCCGGCGGGUGCCGCGACCGUGCCUUCUCCCCGCCCACCUCGUCCUGCCUCGCCCGUCCAGGCGCCCGAGGCCCCGCUCUUGUCGAGUCCUGAUGCAGCGGCCGUGGCGGCGACUGCCACGGCGACCACGCCCGUGGUCCCGCCAGGCAGCACGCCGCUCCAGUCUGAUCCGGCCGACACGCCGCAGGCGCACUUUCCCGUGCAUCCGCGGCAGCUGUUCCGUGAGGACGAUGCUUCGAGUGGAUCGUCGAGUCGAGAGAUGUGGCUUGCUACGACGCUCGCGCUGGCUGUCAAGCAGGGCUUUGUGCCGCCUGCGCGUGUGCCGGGCGCGGACGAGGCGCUGGACGUCGAGCGACUCGAUACGGGGACCGAGCACUCGGCGAAGGAGGCGCUCGUCAAGUCGGUCAUGUCGCUCAAGCUGCAGGUGACAGGUCUGCGCGCCGACCUGCAGCGGCAGCUCCAGCAUGAGGAAGAGCGCGUGGCUGUGCAGGAGCGUGCGCGAGUCGCGGCGCUGCAGGAAGCGGCGUUUUACCGUGCGAAGCUCUCGGCGCAUGAGCUGCAUGACACGGACGAGCGAGCGCGACUUGAUCGUCAGCGGAUCUUCCAGCUAGAGAAGCUCGUGGGCCAUGUCAAGGCCGAGCAUGGCGAGCUGGAGCGCAAGGUGUCGAUGCUGACGGAUCAGACCAAGCUGGAGGCGAGGCUCCGGCAGCUCGCCGAGGAUCGACUCGCCGAGACGACGCGGCGCGCGCUCUCCGCCGAAGAGUCGCAGCUCAAGGUGUAUGAAGAGUACUCGGCGCUGCAAAAGCACAUGUACGAGACGGAGGCAUCGCUACGGGACCAUGCGGCACAGAUCUCGACGCUGACGUCGCGCUUCGCCGCCCAGCAAGUCGAGCGCGAUGCGCUCGACGAGCGUCUCGGGACGGCGACACGUACGAUCGACACGAACCGCUCGAUGCUCACGCAGUUCCAAGAGGCGCUCACGGCGGCGCACACGCGUCUCUCCGACUAUGAGCGGCAGCACGGCGAGCAGCAGCGGCAGAACGAGACACAGAACCAGCUCGUGCUGCAACUGCGGGCCGAGCUGCAGGCCAAGGCGGCCGAGCUGGAUAUGAAGAGCGAGCAGCUGGAGCACCACGUGGCCAGUGUCGCCGAGCUCGAGAGCAUGGUGCAGUCGCUGCAGCACGAGGCGCAAAAGCACCGCGAAGCGGCGACGGGUGGCUUGGCGCAGCUGCUGUCGAUGCAUGCGCCGCACGAUGCCUCGUCCGGCGCGGACGCGACGCGCGACACGACGGCGUCGCACCACUCGCACAUGCAGGCGCUGCAGGACGAGACACAGGCGCUGCGGCAGCUGCACGAAGAGUCGCGUGCCUCGCUGUCGGCGAUGGCCACGACCCUGCAGCAGGCGACGGAACGCAGCACGCAGCUGCAGCGCACGAACAACCAGCUCUUCUCCGAGAUGUCGGCGCAGCGCAAGCAGCUGUCGGCUGCCCUGCAUGAGCUGUCGACGCUGCGCGACAGGGCGCAGGUAUCGCUGUCCGAGGACGAGCAGCACAAGCGCGACAUGGAAGCGGCGCACAUCCGCAACGAGGCGCUGCGGCAGCUGCUGCACGAGCACAGGAUCGAUGUGCCUGACGACGACACCCUGGCACGUCCCGAGUUUAUGCAGAGCCGCAAGGUGCUGGAGCUGCAGCGCGAGUUGGAGGUGCACAAGCGCACAGCGGAACUGAAUGCACUCGAUCUGCAACGUGCGCAGGAGCAGCUGCACCACAUGAGCCAGGAGUGGGAGGUGCGGCGUCUCCAGGGCGCCUCGUCGCGGCAGGAGCUCGAGACGCUGCGGCUGCGUGCCGAGCAGGCCGAGCGGCAGCUGAUCGAGGCGACCGAGGCGCACGAUCAGCGCACGUCACAGCUGGAGAACGACUAUCUGACGGCCGUGCAGUUUGUGCGCAACACGGAAAACAUGCUGCGGCGGCUCAAGGACGAACACAACAAGCUGCGCCACGACAACGCCGAACUGCGCGUGCUUGCCGCCGGGCAGAGCCCUCAUGCGCCCUUGUCAAGUACACGCACGUUUCGUAGUCCCUAA